AUGGACGAUUUUUCUCAAACUGCGUUCGCUUUGUUUCCGAUGUCUCUUUUGGGAUUUUUCACCAAUUGGUUUGUUUUCCAAAGUUUGCUCAGAUUAAGAAGUUUUCGACACUCUUUUGGCUACCUAUCCGCAAGUCAAUCGCUGGCAGAUGCAAUUCACUCUACCGCAUUUUUAUUCUUUUUCUGUCCAAUGAUAUUACUAAAUCAGUCUCUUCUUCAACGAAACGCAAACCACCUGGGUUUCAUUAUCCUAGGAUGUUAUGAAUUAUCCCUGUACACUCAUUUAGCAAUAUCUAUCAAUCGAGUUUGCGCUGUAUGGAUUCCAAGGGAUUAUUCGAAAGUUUUUAAUACCAGAAACACAAUUGUUAUAAUUGUAAUUAUUUGGGUGAUUUUUGUAAGCCUAAAUUUCUGGUUUUAUGAAUAUCUCUGCGAUAUAAUUUACGAUCCAUCAUCAUAUUCUUUAACUUUUGGCCAAACUGAAACUUGUGGAUAUGUAGCCUUAUAUGGUGAUCUAUUGAAAAACUUGAUUAGUCUAUUCCUAUUAGUUAUCUUCGAUGUAGUAACCCUAAUUGGAGUUCGAAAAACGAGAGUAUCCAUUGGAAUUGGAAGUAAUGUACAGGAGAAAAUUUCGAACAGGGAAAAGCGAUUUUUAAAGCAGAUCAUUGUCCAAAGCAUAAUUUUUGUAUUGGAGUUGUCGUCUUAUUUUUUCAUACUACAAUUGACAAACGAUCCCACUGUUUUCUUCUUUUCAACCACGUUUGCAUAUUGCACAGUUCAUGUGUUGGAUGGGUGGGGACAAAAUACAGUCAUCAUUGGGUUUAUAGUUAAUUGGGCCGUUUUUUAUAGCUUCCUAAAAUUGAAGUCAAUGAUACAUUCUUUUGGCUACUUAUCAGCAAAUCAAGCUUUAGCUGAUGCGAUUCUUUGUACAACUCAUUUAUUUUACUCUUGUCCAAUGAUUCUUAUAGAUUCACGAAUCAUGAAAGAUUUUUCUCACAUUCAUGGUUUUUUGAGUUUAUACAGUUACGAGUUAUCCGUAGUUUCCCAUUUCAUCAUUUCCUGUAAUCGUUUUUGUGCUGUAUGGAUGCCCUUGAAGUAUUCUUCCGUUUUUAGUGUAAAGCAUACUUGCUGGAUGAUCUGUACCAUUUGGAUUCUACUUGGCUCAAGCAAUGGAUUCUUGUUUGUGUACGUGUGUCAAAUCAAAUACGACGACAAACGUCGCGCAAUUGCGUUCACUGCGACUGAGCUAUGUGGUAAUGUGGCAUGGUAUAGAGUUUUUUUGAAGAAUAGCAUCGUGGUUUGUAUUUUUAUAAUAAUCGAUAUUGUUACUGUAAUUAAAGUUCGAAAAGUUCGGCUUUUCGCUGCUGGUAACAGAAACAAAAAUAACGAAUCAAUUUCGGAACGAGAGAAAAGAUUCUUGAAACAAACCAUCUCUCAAGGAACAAUUUUCAUGAUGGAGUUGAUAACUUGGUUUUCAAUUGCCAAAAUCACAAGUAACCAAGUUAUUAUUUUUCUUCUGAGCGGCUAUGCUUUUAUCGCAGUUCAUGUUUUGGAUGGGUAG